AUGUCGCGCUCCUUCUAUGUGGACUCGCUCAUCAUCAAGGACUCCUCGCGGCCCGCACCCUCGCUGCCGGAAUCGCACCCAGGGCCGGAUUUCUUCAUUCCGCUAAGCAUGCCGUCCCCGUUGGUGAUGUCGAUGUCGGGGCCCGGCUGCCCGUCCCGCAAAAGCGGCGCUUUCUGCGUGUGCCCGCUUUGCGUCACCUCGCACCUGCAUUCCUCUCGCCCGCCCGCAGGAGCCGGUGGCGGUGCAACGGGGACCGUAGGCGCUGCGGUGGCGGGCGCUGGGGCGGCUGGGGGCACCGGCGCCCUACCUCUGCUCAAGAGCCAGUUCUCUUCCGGCCCUGGGGACCCACAGUUUUGCCCACGGGUGAGCCACGCACACCAUCACCACCACCCGCCCCAGCACCAUCAUCACCAUCACCAGCCUCAGCAGCCGGGCUCAGCGGCGGCGGCGGCGGCUGCUGCUGCUGCGGCAGCGGCGGCCGCAGCGGCCCUGGGACACCCUCAACACCACCCACCUGUCUGCGCCGCCACCACCUACAACGUGUCGGACCCGCGGAGGUUCCACUGCCUCACCAUGGGAGGCUCGGACACCAGCCAGGUACCCAAUGGCAAAAGGAUGAGGACAGCUUUUACCAGCACGCAGCUCCUAGAGCUGGAGCGAGAAUUCUCUUCCAAUAUGUACCUGUCCCGACUCCGAAGAAUCGAGAUCGCAACGUACCUGAACCUCUCAGAGAAGCAGGUGAAAAUCUGGUUUCAGAACCGUCGCGUGAAGCACAAGAAAGAAGGGAAAGGCGCUUCGAGGAACAAUCACGCAAGCUGCAAGUGCGUGGGCAGCCAGGCGCACUAUGCUCGCUCAGAGGACGAGGACUCCUUGUCCCCAGCCUCGGCUAACGAAGACAAGGAGAUUUCUCCUUUGUAA